AUGGCCUCCCGCAUCGCCGCCCGCGCCAUCCCCCGCGCCUCCGGCCUCCCUCUCCGCGCCGCUCGCUCCUUCCAGACUUCCUCGCCCCUGCGCGACGCCGUCGCCGCUCCUCUCCCGGCUCGGAAACCCGUCGGCGCGUUCCGCGGAGGUCUUUUCGGCUUCUUCCUCGGUAGCUCCCUUGCCGGCGCCGGCGUCUACUCGUACCUCCUCCAAGAAUACAAGACCUCGAACGAGCUCCUGACGGAGGAUAUUUACGCACUCCAGGCCGCCGUCCAGCGCGUCAGCAACUACGUCCAGGUGUUGGAGGACAAGAUGGAUGCCAUGGAACGCAAGAGGAAGUAA